UGUUUUUGUAUUUUAUUAGCAAUUAUAUUGAGUAACACAUUAAAAGCAUGUUCCGACAUUUGAAAAUAUUGAUAAAAUUUAGUUGAAUCAUCAACAAGCUCUUUGUAUAGAGUAAAAAAUUCACCCUCCGUUUUACAUUUUGUCCAUGCUUUGUAUAUCCAUAAAUUUCGUUUCCUUUUUUGAGGGGGCUCUUCCUCAUCCAAAAUUAAUGCUAUUACAGCUAAUUCAUCUUCUGACAGAUCUGCCAUGAUCACACAAUUACGUACAUCUAAAGACUGACGUGACUGUUUCAAAAAAUUCACGGAUGCGAUCCGGAUAUGUGUAAAUAAUCGUAACCGAUCUUGCCGGUACGGUACGGAUACGGUACGGAUACGGAUCGGAUAAGUGUAAAUGGACCUUUAGAGUAUUCUUACAUUUCAGUAUCCGUAUUAGUAUCCAGCCGUCCGUAUCAGUGUCAGUGCGUAGACAGUGAUCUGCGCCCAUAUUUUCACUGAACGGAUGGCACGGAAUCAUGACGGCACUGUGACAUCUGAACGAUUUCAAACAAAACACUGAGACGUAGAGGACAAAAUCCUCCGAGUACUCAAAAAUUUUAAGCAGUUUAGCUAUACAUUUGGACUUGUGCAGUUUAAUUUUUUUCACUAUAAUUUAUAAAAUGGAUGAUGAAUGGAUAAAUGGACGAUGAAAAAUUAAUAGAAUAUGUUCGCGAUUAUGAAAAAUUUUAUAAUUUAGCACAUUCACAAUAUCUGAAUGGAAAUUAUAAAGAUAAAAAGUGGGCUGAAAUAGCAAAAAAAUUGGAACAGCCAGUCGCUGCAUGUAAAGCUCGAUGGAAUAAUAUUCGGGAUAAUUUUCGAAAAUCAUUAAAAAAGCGAAUAACCAAAAGUGGACAAGCAGCAGUAAAAUUCAAGAAAUAUAAAUAUGAAGAUCAGUUAAGUUUCUUAGUACCUUUUAUGAAAGAAAUAGAAACUAAAAGUAAUUUAAACAAGGCAGAGAAAAUUUUAGACAAUGAAAAUGACGAAGAUCAAUAUAAUGACGAUGAUAACGAUGACAGUGAAGAAGAACCUGUUAAAAAUGUGGAAAACUUAAACCAAAAUAUUGAUGAUGUUACCAUUUCAAACCUAUCAUCAUCAUCAUCAUCAUCAUUAAAAUUUUAUAAAGAAAGGAAAGUGGAGAGCACAAAAUCAAAAUUCAAAAGUCCCGAAACAGCAUCAGCUACUUUGAUGAAAUACAUGCUAGAGCGGAAUGAAAAAAAAAGCCAACGAGUAAUUCAUCCAGUUGAUGCAUUUCUUGCUGGAUUAGCGCCAACCUUGAAAUCUUUAAGUUCAUAUCAUUUAAAUAUAGCAAAAUCCAAAUUUUUUAAUAUAGUGCAAGAAAUAGAAAUGGAUCAAAUCACGCAUAUGCAACAAAAAUAUGCAACUCCUCCGGAAACAUCAUCUUUCAUAUCAUCAUCGCCAUCACCUUCCCCAUCACCUAAUUAUACAACUCCACCAUCUACUUCUAUACCAGCCAUUUCUCCAACAAUAAAUUCAAAACAUACAUGGCCGGCUGAAUUUUCUACUUUUAAUUCAAGUUAUAAAAACUAUUCAAUAAAACUAUUCCUUUUAUAUUAACCAACUAUUCAAUAAAACUAUUCCUUUUAUAUUAACCAACAUGGAAAACUCAACAAUAAAUUCAAUCGCCUACUAUCUGAACAUAAUUGGGAAACAAGGGAUUCUAGACCCGUUCGAUAUUUUUGCUGUUCUCCUUCUCGGUCAACCACGGAGCAUCGCAGGUUUUCGUUCAAACCACUUGACAAUAGUGAUGGUCUCCGGGUUUCGGAGAUCUGUGUAGAUCCUUUCUCCUUUGUGGACAGACCACAGCUACCAUUACCACUCAAUAACAAGUGGUUUAAGAAUCUGUCUUC